CGGCGAGGGGAGAGAGAGAGAGAGAGCGAGCGAGCUGCAGGGGAAGGUAGCUGUGGCAAACUUUCUAGCUGCUUCUGCGUGCUGCUACCUCAGCGCUGGGAGUGUCCCUCCCUGGCCAUAAGGAACUGCCAAGUCCAAAUGUCAGAGCCCUGAGGCUCCGUAAAGACUUCCCAGCUGCCUUCCGAGGAGGAACUGCCUGCAGCACAAGUGUCUGCAUAUACAGCUGAGCAGCUCUAGGGGGAAGAAAGACCUGUCUCCAGGGUUUGCUUUACAGUAUCUGAAUAGCAAAAGCACGAUGAACACUUAAGGAUUUUACCAGAAAUCAAAAAUCAUCUAGAAACAAGUACAUUGGACUUCAAGGAGUGAGACUUUAAAGAGAGCCUGGAUAUUGGUAAAUAGUAAACGUGGUUUGGCCAAACAGCUUAGGAAUGAAUACCAUUGAGACGGCAAAGCUUGAAGAGCAUAUGGAGGGUCAAAACAAUGACACUUCAAAUGGCUACGCACGACCUACUCUCUCUAUUAGUGAAGAGACCAAAAAUGGCAAUAGCAAACCAAAGGGUUUGUCCAAUGGCUUGCGCAAAAGCACAAAGAAGUAUCCUGACUACAUCCAAAUUGCUAUGCCUGCUGAAUCUCGGAACAAAUUUCCUCUGGAAUGGUGGAAAACAGGCAUUGCCUUUGUCUAUGCUCUCUUCAAUUUGAUUCUAACAACUGUCAUGAUCACUGUGGUCCAUGAGAGAGUACCUCCAAAGGAGCUUAGCCCUCCCUUGCCUGACAAAUUUUUUGAUUAUAUUGAUCGUGUGAAAUGGGCUUUUUCUGUAUCAGAAAUAAAUGGAAUGAUACUAGUUGGAUUAUGGAUAUUCCAGUGGCUGUUUCUUAGAUAUAAGUCAAUAGUGGGACGCAGGUUCUUUUUUAUAAUAGGAACUUUGUACCUGUACCGCUGUAUUACGAUGUAUGUUACCACCUUACCUGUGCCUGGAAUGCAUUUUCAGUGUGCACCAAAGUUGAAUGGAGAUUCUCAGGCAAAGGUGCAGAGGAUCCUGCGACUGAUUUCUGGUGGUGGUCUAUCCAUAACUGGAUCGCACAUCCUGUGUGGAGACUUCCUGUUUAGUGGUCACACUGUGGUACUAACACUCAUCUACUUAUUCAUCAAAGAGUAUUCGCCACGUCACUUCUGGUGGUAUCACUUAAUCUGCUGGCUGAUGAGUGCUGCUGGCAUAGUUUGUAUCCUUGUUGCUCAUGAACACUACACUGUAGAUGUCAUCAUUGCUUACUAUAUCACCACACGGCUCUUCUGGUGGUACCACUCAAUGGCUAAUGAAAAGACUUUAAAGGUAUCUUCACAGACAAACUUUCUCUCUCGAGCAUGGUGGUAUCCAAUAUUUUAUUUCUUUGAGAAGAAUGUGCAAGGCUCUGUUCCUUGCAGCUUCUCCUGGCCGAUAUCUUGGCCUCCCAGCUGCUUCAAAUCUUCAUGCAAAAAGUAUUCACGGGUUCAGAAGACAGGAGAGGACAAUGAAAAAUCUACCUGAAGAAGAGAAGGGAAAGCAUCUGCUCUGUUUUUUACCAAAACACUAAUGCUGUAACCAAAGCUCUUAAGAGGACUACACUGUAACUGAAGAAGUGGACCAAACUUCUGUGCAAUUGAUUGGAAAGACAAUUGUAGACAAAUAUAUUGCUAUUUCAUGUUUUCUUAUCCAUCACACUGUACAGGCCUAUUCUUCUCUUCAGUGCUAAUAGAAUGCACCACUGCUGGGAUUUUUUCCUUAAAGAAAAAAAUGGAGCAGGACUUUGCUUUACAAAUGAGAUAGAGGUGCCAAAGAACACAACACUUUCAUUACUAACGGUCACUCAUCCACAAGAGCACCCAAAAAUCUCAUCUUCAGGGUUCUGGAGUAUAAGGGCAAAAAAAUGUUAAAGGCACAAUAUCUGUGUAUUGAGGUAUACAGAAAAUAACACAAUGGUGGGAAAUGUUUUGUUGCAUUAUUCUUGCUAAUGAAGGUAAGACCUUGCAUGACUGGUACUGCUGGAAGCGAGCCCUGACCUUUUUUUUUUUUUACACUUAUCGGAAUGAAUAUUCUAUGACCCUAAAAUACUACUACCACCACUAUCUCCAUGUAGUCUAUUAUAUACCAAUUUUUACAUUUUUAUUAAUAAUUUUAUAUUUAAACUGCUGUGCUACCUGGUGACUUUGCAAAUUAGGAAUAGCUGCUAACAUCAGAGCUCAAGGAGCCUAAAAUUUUAUUUUUAAAAAGGAUAUACUUUCAAAGUCUAAAUCUCUAAUUGCAAUUUGGGCUUGUGUAUAGCUAUACAGUGCCUAUUGGUGUAUGUAUACAUAUGCACACCAAAUGCAUACACUGCUGUGUAGUUAAACACAUUAAACAAACUACUUAACUGAAAAGAGUGUUUGGACUGUUCUUAAUUCAGGCAAGUCCUGUAGAUUUCACCUGCUUGAGGAAUGCAAGGCCAGGUCCUAAAUGGGUCUUUUUUCUACACUCCCCCUUAAUUUUAGUAACUUUCUCUAGCUGAAACUGUUGCAAGUGUGCUUGGGAUCCAUGGUUCUGCAUAGAUUUAUUUUUUAUUUUUUCCCCUUCCCCCCCCCUUCCCCCAAACCUCUUGGCACACACUUCUGUGAUUUAUUUUAAAAAAUGUGCCAAGGUGAACAGUAGCAUUUCUUUAAUUAUUACCUGAAACCAUUUCAUAUUAAAUGGCACUGUGGUUUAACUCACAUGCAAAUUGCUCUUUCCCAGAGUUUUAGUCCAACUAGAAUGGCUAUAUAAGCAUGUUGUUUGAGAAUGUAGGAAGCUACCAUGGUGUAAGCAUGUAACAAAAAUGCAGAUUAACAGCUACCUGGUUCUUGUUGGUUUUUAUUGUUUUGUAUUGUUGGGAAGUGAAGUAGAAAAUUAGCAUACCAUGUUCAACUGUUUAUGUUCUGUAUUCAUUUCUACAGUUACUCAUUUUAUUUCCAAAUCUUCAGUAAAAUCUGCUAGCAGAGGGAAAACUGCAUAAAGAACUAAUAUUAAGAAAAUGCUGCUUAUUUUUAAAAUGUCUUGAACUGAGUGGCAAGUGUGAACAUAGUUUAAUUAAUGACAGCUUGUUUUUAAAAAGAAUCCAGUUAAAGUAAUAAAAUGCAAUAUAGUAUUCAAAUAUGAUUUUUUUCAGUUAAAAGGAUCAAUUCCUAAAGUUGUACAAGAGACUAUUAAUGUGCAUUUCAAACAUUUUUGUGCGUUAUCAAGUAUAAUACAAUAAACAAUGUUCCUUACAAAACAUCCUUGGUAAAACUUAGAAAAGAAAGUAGUUCUGCUGAUGUUUGGUUUUGUUUUUUAAAGUGAGCUUCUCUCUAUAUAGAAAUCUUUAUUUUUUAAAAUGCCCCUAGAAGUUGUGUAGAGACAUAUUCAUGUUCUCAUUUGGCUGUUCCUGGCAGAAUUUGAGCAGUUUAAAAAGCCAAUCUCAGAACACUUAUAAGAUUCAGGAAAAACUGCUUUCGUAAAUGAAUUGGUACAGUGUUGGUCUAUAGACCUCCCAAAACGCUUGUUGUAUCAAUACAACUUCAUAGAGCAUAAUAUUUUUUUUAAAGCUGAAUUCUAGGCCUUUUAUCUUAAACAUGGUCAUAUUAAGCCACCCCUAGUAAUGCUAUCUUUUAAAAAUCAUGGAUGAAUUUCAGUAGUGGUAAGCAUGCCUUGAAUUAACACGAUGAAAAUCAUUCCAGUAAAGAUCUGAAACAAUUAUCUUCACCUGAUGGCUAAGUAAUAAAUACUUUGAUAGCCUAGAUAUUUAAUUAGCUAAAUAACCAUUGCUGUGUCUCAGUGGGAUUUUUGUGAUCUAUCAGUAAAGUACAGUUUCCUCAUUCAGGAUUUUUAACACUUUAAGUUCUGAUUUCUGGAAGAAAGUAUGAUAAUGAGGUAGAACCAAGUAAAUGUUUUGCUCCUGUUAGACAGUGUGAGCUUUCAUUUUACUGCUAAACUUGGUAGAAACUUCUAUUGUAGUUUAAACAUCAGCCUUGGCUCAAACAAUUUAAUUCUUGUUCUGGCUCAGCCCUGCUUUAAGUGCUUAAACUUUCUCCAUUGUAUCGAAGACCUCAAAGGGGGGUAGGUGUAUGUUGGGUAUGUUUGUGACCAAAAAGAAAGUCAUACUUUUCCACUAUGUCAACAAGCUUUAGUUUGCUCUUGCUGACUUAAGUAGUAUAGUUUGAAGACGUUUAAAGCUUGUGUGGAAGGUGAUGAAAUGGGGUAAGUAAUGCCAUUUUCUAAUGCUUCCAUAGUAGUCUAGCUGUUACAAACCACAGCUGUCACACAAAAGCUAUUGAUUAAAAGAACAUAUUGAUUGUUGUAUUCAAAUAUUUAUGAAGGUGAAAACAUGGUCUCAUGCUAAGAGCGAAAAGGAUUACAAUGGAUAAAAUGAAGAAAAGGAGAAAAUAGGAAUAAUGUACUGGUCAGUUUUGAGUGUAGGCUCUUAUUUGGGCUGUAUAUGCCCAAGUAUGUAUGUUACUCUAAUUUUUCUUAGAGUUAUAGUAGUAAUGCUUACUUACAGAUGUCAAACUGCACCUGUACUGUGAUUUUUAAAUAAAACACUUAUUUCUACUUAA